UCGUGGUUUCCUCAUUAGCAGAUUUACUACAUCCAUAACUAGUGGUUUCCUCAUUAGCAGGGAGGAGUUUCUGCAAUCAAAUUGUAUGCGCUUUGCCCUCGUGCCGCAAUUUUAGCAAACACAGAAAGGGGCCUAUAUUGGAGACAAAAAAAUGUAUUUCUGGUUACUACUAAUGUGAAAACAAGACAAAAUAUGAAUGUUGCUAACUUGACUGUCGUAAUUGUCAAAUAAUUGAACAGGCGUCAAUUGUUGUACAACUUCAUGGGUAUGCUCUGGGCAUCACCUUUUACCUCAAAUAAACAGUGGAUUUCUGCUGUUGUGGGCCUUAACCGUCUGUCUGACUUUGUCAUUCACACAGGAGAGAGACGGGACAAUCGUGGAUCCUUUGUGGAGCCUCAACAACAUGAUGCUGACGAGGCAGAGAAAAGUCUCUCCACAUCAGAACACCUCAAGAAACACCAGCAGAGACCCACAGGGAAUAAGUCUCACCACUGCUCUGACUGUGGGAAAAUAUUAAACUCUUCAGUAAAACUUAAAAUACAUCAAAGAAUUCACACUGGAGAGAAACCUUUUGGCUGUGAGCAAUGUGGGAAGAGUUUUAGUCGGCUACAAACCCUGAAAUCACACCAGAGAAUACACACUGGUGAGAAACCUUAUAGCUGUAAUCAAUGUGGGAAGAGUUUUACUCAGCUAAACAGCCUGAUAGUACACCAGCGGACACACACAGGAGAAAAAUCUUAUAGCUGUAGUCAAUGUGGGAGGAGUUUUUCUACAUCUAGCUAUCUAACUAUACACCAGAGAACACACACAGGAGAGAAACCAUAUAGCUGUAAUCAAUGUGGGAAGAGUUUUACUCAGCUAAACAGCCUGAUAGUACACCAGCGGACACACACAGGAGAGAAACCUUUUGGCUGUGAUCAAUGUGGAAAGAGUUUUGGUACAUCUGGCUGCCUGAAUACACACCAGAGAACACACACAGGAGAGAAACCUUAUACCUGUGAUCAAUGUGGAAAGAGUUUUGGUACAUCUGGCUCCCUGAAUACACAUCAGAGAACACAUACAGGAGAGAAGUCUUAUAGCUGUAGUCAGUGUGGGAAGAGUUUUACUCAGCUAAAUAGCCUGAUAGUACACCAGCGGACACACUCAGGAGAGAAACCUUAUAGCUGUGAACAAUGUGGGAAGAGUUUUACUACAUCUAGCCAGCUGACUAUACACCAGAGAACACACACAGGAGAGAAAUCUUAUAGCUGUGAUCAAUGUGGGAAGAGUUUUACUACAUCUAGCCAGCUGACUAUACACCAGAGAACACACACAGGACAUAAUCUUUAUAGCUGUACUCAAUGUGCGAAGAGUUUUUCUACAUCUAGCUAUCUAACUAUACACCAGAGAACACACACAGGAGAGAAACCAUUUAGUUGUAAUCAAUGUGGGAGGAGUUUUACUUGGCUAAACAGCCUGGUAUCACACCAGAGAACACACACAGGAGAGAAACCUCACAGCUGUAAUCAAUGUGGGAAGAGAUACUCUGAUAAAAGAUCUCUGACUAAACAUCAGAAAAUACAUUGAGUUGUUUCAUGAUAUCAAUGAAAUAAUGUAGAAUGUUUUUAAUAUUGUGGAAGUAUUUUAUUAACGUCAAUGUAGAAUGUUUUAACAUUGUAGUAGGAGAUAAAAUGUAAAAUAUGUACAAAAUGUAGCUAGGUGUUUUC